GCGCGGCCCGCGCGGCCCGUCGCGGUCCGGGCCUCGUCGCUGCCCGACCUGCUCCUCUCGCUCGAGCUGCCGACGCUCGUGGCCCCGAGGGAGUCGCAGCUCCCCUUCACGAGCCCGUUCUUCAUCGCGUUCUUUAUCUUCUCCAUCAUCGGGGGCCUGCCCUUCCUCGCGUGGCUCAGGCUGUCGUCGCUGUGCGUUUCGGAGUCUCAAACUUUGGAGUGCCUUCGACGCGGCGAUGGCGUGCUGGUGGCGUAGAAGUACGCGUCGCCGCCCGCGAGAGACCGGUCGAUGUUCCACGCAGGGAGGAGGACCCGGAGGCGCCGUUCGACCUCAACGGCGCGGCGCGCGAAAAGGGCGUCGAGCUGCCGAAGCUCCCGGGCUUGCCGGACUUUACGCUCCCGAAGCUCGGCAACGACCUGCGCGAGAUCGAGCUCCCCGACGCCGUGGCGGACAAGGUCGGCGCCUGUGUGAAAAUCAAAAUUUUACGGCGCGUUCGCCGAGAAAUACACCCGACGCACUGGUUGAUUUCCACACAGGUCGGCGCGAAGGAGAGCGGCCAGCUCAUCGAUCUGUUGCCCUGGAACCGGCCGGACUACCCGCUGAAGCCGAAGAAGGGCUCGGGCCUCUAGGCAUUGUGUCGUGGGGUGUAACGGCACUCUAUACAUA